UGUUCAAUCUGUUGCAAACCUAACGCUUGUUAAAAUUCAUAUAUUUCUUUUACUGUGAAUAUUUUAGCGGUUAUGGCAAACUUCGUCAGAGUAGUCAUUUACCUCUAAAUUCUUAGUAAUUUGAAAACGGACGGAGUUUAAUAAACAUUUUAUGCCAUACGAAAAAAAAACAUAUUCAACGGAAAAGAAUUUGGAUUUAAAUCAGAAUGCUUGAUACAUCAUUUGCACGAAGUGGAUGGAUUUUUAAGCGAAUUCGAUUAAAAACUAAGUGGGCUGUCGAAAUCGCAAGACAAAAACAAUUUGGUACCCGGCCAAUUUGUCCUACGAAGAAGCCUGAUCCAGUCAGUAAUACCCUGAAUAGCAGAGUCCUCCCCGAGCGGAGAGCGGCAGCAAAAGCUAAAACUAUGUUUAAAGAAAUAAGUCUGAGAGAUCAAAUAAUGAACAAUGCAGUCCGUACUGAAAAUACGUCACAGAAUAGGCGAGGGUCGGGAAGAGGUGCUAAGCAACAGAAAAACUCAGCAAGUAUGGACACAGAAGCUUUGAACGGAAGCAAUAAUUCUGGAACUAAACGUGGCAGUAAAAAUUCUAGACCACGUAGAAAGAAAGGUAAAAAGAAAACCAUAAAGUUAAACAGAAAAGAAAAGGCUUUGAUUAAAAAGUUUGCAAUUAAACCGUCUAUUGUUUGUUUACCGAGACUAGAAGAUAUUAGCAAACCAGUUGAAACAACUUCCAAUUAUUGUAAUUCAGAUGUAAACGCAGAAAGCAAAGGUACAAAUAAAAGAAAAACAAAAAAGCCAGAGAGAAUUGUUGUAAUAGGUGAUAGUGGUAGAGAUCCUAUUGUAGUGAGUGAUGAAGAUUCAGACGUUGAAUUUAUCGAAUCUAGUGUACCAUUCGAGGGAACGUCAAACUCCCCUAUUGUGCUAAAUGAUGACAGUGAAGAUGAUGAAGAUAAUGAUGAGGUUGAUAAUAAUGAUCUAAACAAUAACAUUGAUCCGCAUGAUGCCGAUGUUGAGGAUGAUAGUUUUGAUGACCUAAACAACGACGAUGAUUCAUUUGAUGAAAACAGUGAUAUCUUUUCUGACAUCGAUGACGAGGAUGACAACAUGCCGAAUUUUUCCAAGUUUCAGAACAGUCCAAAAACCUAUGGUGCAAUAAGAAAAAGCUACCUGAUAGCUCCGCCAACAUUCCAACCGAACAAAUUCAAAGUUGCACCGCCAAGGUAUUCAGUGCCCCUCUCGUACCGAUCUGGAUCUAUUUUUGGUUUUUGAAAUAAUUGCCAAGUUUUAUACAAAUCUGCGUACUAUAUCUUUAGGAACUUCAUCCGUUUUUAUUGGAUACAAAGGCUAGAUAGUAAAUGUUUCGAGCCUUGUAGCAGUAUUUGACAUGGUCGAUUAUCCCACGUGUCCAGUAGGCCAAUAUUGGUAUUAGUGUAUUUUACAGUGAAGAUAGAAGCAUAAAUAAUGUUAACUAUAGAAGCACAGUUUCAAAUGAGGGAUAUGGAAGUCAAAAUGUUCAGUUAUUAGUUAGAAUACAGUUGGGCAAAUUUUUAAAUAGCCAUUGCUUACAAUCAGAGAUAUGAAAUCUGAAAUGGAUGAUUUACAAAGAAUUUUUGUGUCAGUGAAUGAAAGAUAUUUACUUAUUACAUACCCAUAUAAAGUCUGUAAAAAUAUCGGCUUGUAUUUCACAAGUAAAUAUGAACAAGCAGAAAAAAAAUCCGUAUUGAACCCUUUGUAUUGCAUGUUGCCGGACUACUUUAAUUAAUAGGCAUGACACGACACAGCUCUAUAAAUAGCGCACAUAAAACCUCCACUAAGUUACAUUUUAACAUCGAUAAACGUUGAAGACUUCGUUCAAUAACAAAACAACCGACAAAAUGGUGGAGGUAUAUAAUAAAAGAGUCAUUAUAACAGUAGCUAGAUCUGGGAGUUUGUUUUCGGCUCUCGAUCGUGGAUUUAGCAAGGUCGGCUCACACUUGGUGCUUGCGCGCCUAGUGAGAUCGGAUCUGGCAUAAAUCCACUCGAGCCGAGUACAGGGUCCCAGAUCGAGCUACUUUUAUAAAAACCGUAUUGUAUCUAGCUCUAGAAUAAAGGCAACAUCAGUAUUUGCUAGUUUCUACUAAUUCUAGGUCAUUGUUUAACAAGUUUUACACCAAACAUUUAAUCUCUCUCAACACCUCAUUCCUGACAGUACCCGCCGCCAUGUGAGUGUGAAAGAAAAAACUCCAGUUUCUGUUGUUUUUUUUUUGAAGCGCCUUUAAGCGAGCUUUUAACGAUAUUACAUGUCACACUUCUAUAAUAUGAAGCAGUCAUAUUGCGAAGGCAUCACCCGACCGAGGGGGGUGAAAGCAUGACCUGACCGCACUCUACCACUCGGAUACCUUUGAUCAGCGCAUUCAAAUCUGCGUUUAAUGUAAAAGUAAUAUACAUUGUAAAACUGUUUGGCAUAGGAUAUGAAAUAGUUACCGAGUCAUUUCUAUUUCAUAUUCGUUACACUUCAAAAACGACAGAUACAAUGAGUCGCGCCAUGAGAAAACCAGCAUAGUGUGUUUGCGACCAGCAUGCUUCCAGACCAGCCUGCGCAUCCGCGCAGUCAGGUCAAGAUCCAUGCUGGUCGCAAAGCCACUAUGUUGGUUUUCUCAUGGCGCGGCUCAAAUGUUUCUUUUUCUUUUGUUUUCGAUAAACGCAUACAGAGAAUGCGAAAUCGAACGGAUAUUAUCGAUGGUCAUUAUAUGGGUCCACUACCUUAAAACGGAAACCAAGAGGGUGUAUUCCUCGGUUUAUUUAUAAGCCGAAGAAAAGAUUAAAAAUAUAGAGUCCUAUAACUUCAUGCUUGUAUAAAGAUAGUCCAGAACAAGGUCUCAUACGCCUGUAGGCUACACCAUAACCUGAAAAUGUAUAUCACAAGCACUCGAAUUUCUAUUUUGACAUAAUUCGAACCGCCGACAUCUGGGUUAGGGUCUGCAUGACACCUAAAAGUCCCUUUCAACAGAACGUACUUGUAAGAUUUGUUAUUUUGCUUAUUUAUCAAUAACUAUUGAUCACACUGUGUGAAUCUCUAGCAACAUAUUGUUGUACGCUUUAAGGCUGGAAUAACAUAUAUUUUACAAAUGAAUUUUGUUGUAUAUACAUGUACAUUCCGUCACAGCUGAUACGCUGUGCAAGCCACUUUCAAUCGAUUGUAAAAUUGACCUGCUAUGUAAAACAUUUCCAAGAAACAGAGAAAAGGGUUUUGUAAAAAAUACAUUAACUCCGGCUCAAAAUAUACGUGAAGGUUUAGGGAAAAUACAAAACGUACCUUUUAUAAGAGAGUGGAUUGAAGUUCUCCCUGAUAGAAAUAAAAACAAAUAUUUUACUGUUUGUAGUUAAGUAAUAGUUUGUGUCCUAAAUGAGGAAAUAUCGUCAUUGAUGACAAUAUGCAAACAUUCAUAGCAAAUUCUUACAACUAACAAUGUUUGCCAAUUGUGAAUUGGUUUAUAAAAUGUCUCUCUGUACUUGGCUCAGUACUGUUAUAUUAUCUAGACCGUUCUGACUGGCACAGAUAAGCUAGUGCUAGGGGCGCGAGAGGUAUUACACAUUUCAUAAUCUAAGAGAGUCCGAUAUCAUUUCACUAGUAGUGCUGCUUCCAAAGGAUCUUUUUUAGAGAUUUUGGUAAUUUUGGCCACCACCAUAGCGACAGCACGGCAACAGGACUUUAUGCCAGGCUAUCGGAGCACCGCCUUUCUAACAGAUUAUGCAUUUGCCAAAAAGGAUUGACAGACACUGCUAAGGAUAAAUAAACAAAACAUUUCUGCGGAUCUAGAAACGAUGUACAUAUCAAAUCCUUUUAAUUUUUUGUUGAUAAUUGACACAGCAGAGUUUUUUGUCGUUUUUUUUUUGGUCACUGACAAUUAAUUUCAAUACAUUUCAAGUAUACAGGCCUCAUGGACCCCAAGCUGUAUCCUUGCUCCAUCCUGUUGUCAAGUGUAUUCAUUCCAAAGAAACUAUAAAUUAAAAAAAUAACUAUAUUUAAUUCAGAUAAUGUUUCCUGCAUUGUCGCUACCUAUGACCGUAUUUUAGAAAAAUGCUUUUUCUAGCGUCUUAACCUGAGUCAUCAUAUACACACUUGUUUGUCGCUGCUGUGGUCUUGGAGUUCGAAAAUAGAGAUCAAGGAAGAUUUCUGCGGCGCUUAGUCCAUAUGCCAUCAGUAAAACUCUUUCAAAAUCAUGCAUACACCUGUAGUAACCAAUGCCUAACAGUGUCAAAUACUUUUCUGUAAAACGCAUUGCAUUAUUUUUAAACCGGAAGUAGAAACUAAGUCUGUCAACUAAAUUCAGUGCACUGUAAACCAGUCCAAGACCAGAAUCCCACACUCUACCCCGGAAUACGAGAUCUUCUUCGUUGCCACGAAAACAAUCAAUUGUCAAAUAAAUUCUUGGCGAACCGUCAUAUUCAUGAUUGCAAGAAAUUUCAAGCACGAAAAAAUUACAGUCUGCAGAUCUUAAAACAAUAACAUUACCACUGUCAUGAAGAUCACGUGACAAAGUAUAAAGAUAAAAACGGUGAAUUUCGGUCAUGUUCGGUAAAAUCCGUAAAGCCUCCAUUUCAAGUGUGCUUUCCACCAGCGGCAUUAUGAAGCUUUUUGUGUACCGCAUCCCCUCCGCAAACUUUGGUCCUCUAGGGGGCGCAUCUUCGUGUAUGAAAAUCAUCGAUAUCUGUAGUAACAGAAAGAAAAUAAUUUAAUCUAAAGGAUCAGGGAAAAGGCGAUCUGGUGUUCAAAUUAAGUUUGAAACGUUUAGCUUGUCACGUGAGGGAAUGUAUCGAGUCAUAUGUUAAAAUAUUUACGCCUGAGGCUUAUUAGCUCAUAUUUUACCUACUGAAAAUUUAUGCGUCAUUUAAAUGUUGGAGAAAAAAAAAUAAUGGAAAAUAUCCAACAAAUGACAAUAAAUAUAAUAUGCGAUAAACUUUUUUACAUUGUUGAACUUUUGAAAUUUCUUUGGAAAUCAAAACUUAUGAAAAUUUACUCAUCGAAAUGUAUGGUUCACCUCAGUAACGUAAUAAAUACUUGCAAAUUUCACGCAUUUGGUUAUUUCUUUAUCUGAUAAGUUUCUGAAAAUAUCCUUGUGUUUAUUUGCCAUGAAGGAAAAUAAAUGAAAUUCUUUUGUCCGAAUUUAAUUUCAAAUGCAGGUUUAUGCUUAAAAUAUGUAAAUAAACAAAACUUCCAAUUCUUAAGACUUACUUAUUUUGUUUUUGUAUCACUAUAUCAACCUUAAUU